GGGAGAGGCGCCUGACAGGCUUCGGAUGGCUGCCAAACAGAGUCCGCAAUAUGUUGAUCUCCAUGCUGGGAGAGUUUGUGGGCACAUACUUGUUCCUGUUUUUCGCCUUUGCCGGCACUCAGGUCGCCAAUACACCUCCCAACAAGACAGUGGAUAAGCCAGCGAGCACGUCGACUCUUCUUUACAUCGCCUUAGCCUUCGGUUUCUCUCUGGCAGUCAACGUAUGGAUCUUCUUCCGCAUCAGUGGAGGCCUCUUCAACCCAGCGGUGACGGUAGCACUGGCCUUGGUCGGAGCCAUCAACUGGCUAAAGGCGGCUCUACUCAUCAUCGCGCAAAUCCUCGCUGGUAUUACCGCAGCCGGUAUCGUGUCGGCUCUGCUUCCUGGUCCUCUAGCCGUUCGCACAACGCUAAGUCCCGCCACCUCGAUCACUCGCGGGUUGUUCAUUGAGAUGCUCCUUACCGCUGAGCUGAUCUUUUGCAUCUUCAUGUUGGCGGCCGAGAAACACAGAGCGACUUUCCUUGCCCCGAUUGGCAUCGGACUGGCGCUGUUCAUUGCCGAACUUGCUGGCGUUUUCUUCACUGGAGGGUCACUCAACCCCGCCCGCUCAUUCGGUCCGGAUGUCAUCCUCCACACGUUCGACGGUUACCAUUGGAUAUACUGGGUUGGGCCGUUCCUCGGAGCCAUUGUAGCAGUUAUCUUCUACCGCUUGAUCAAACUGCUCGAGUACGAGACUGCGAACCCUGGUGCGGACAGUGAUGGACGCGAUGAGCGCUAUGCAGAGCGUUAUGGAGACAAUGAAACAUACGACGAUACUCAACGCGCCAGCCGCCGCACUGACGGUACCGAUGAAUCCGAACUCAUGUCUCCAAUCCACCCGAUCAACAAGUCAGACCCUCCACGCCAACCGAGAUCGUCUCACUACAACACGAACACGACAAUGUCUGCAGACACAGGCAUGUACCCUCUACCAAGCCAGCCUCUCCCAGUCCACCAGCAUGGCUUCGACGGCCACCGUUCCCGCGGCUCCGUCGACCACCCCAACGAGCGUCCCCGCGCUCAGCAUCGCCGCAGCUCUGUCUCCUCGCGCUCGCAUCCUCGCUCGCACUACGAGGAUGCAUCUGACCACAGUUUUCGCAGCAGCCCAAGCGCGGAGUCCGGCGAGUCAGACUACAGCUCCAGCUCGCGAUCUCGCUCCUGACACGAGGAGCCGUCUACAACCCCCGGUUGUAUCGACGGUUUCUUGUACUGGCCUCUCUGUUGGCUGCCUGACUUCAUCUGUCAUGCUUGCUUCUGUCCAUCGUGAUAGGAUCUAAUCGAAAAAUGGUCGGAGCUUUUGACCUUGAUCUUACUGGGCUGCGGUGGGAGUUUGAAAGAUGUUGUGGUUUGAAAGCAUCGCGAUGCGGUCCUUUCUCUAGUCGGUCUCAUUUCUUGAAUGCUCGAUUUCGUUCCUAUGUACGGAUGCUUGCUUCUGGUGCUACUGCCUAUAUACAUAUUGCGUCUCGUUCCCUCAGUCAUCUCCGGUCACGUCGUCCUUUCUAUCUAACCUUGCUCCCGCAACCAUAACCACCUCUUCUUCCCCAGCCCUCACGAAUUGAACACCUCCAGCGGAAACGCAGCCGCCAUCGCUGUAUACCCCGCCACAUUCGGAUGCAGC